AUAAUUGUGUUUCUAGGUAUUAUGACAGACGCUUCCAUCAUGGAGUUCUUUGUUUUGUAUGAUUUAUAAUGAGAAAAUAAUGUAUAACCUCUACUUAAGCGUACCGUACGGAAGCUGUAAUAGUAUGGCUGACACAUUUCUGAAAUGAUUCGCCCUAGUUGCUUUGACGAUUACAGCGAAGAUAUGGGAUGUCAGUCUAUAGGCAGGUGUUGUUUAUGGUCAUCUGACGACUGCGCUGACAGGCUCGUUUGUAAUUGUUGCUGUGUGUCUUUUGUGCAUAUUUAGGAUUUUUGAGUGUUUAUAUCUAGUUUUCAUCUUUGCGUGUGCUCUAGUAAGAUGUGUUUCCGGGAAAUCGGAUAGAUGAAUUUUGACUUUGGAGCAUCUAAUGAAAAAAGUGAGAAAGAGGUAAAGCCUAUCUUAACCUUCGGAGUUCUGUUGAAUUCAUAGAGUAGGUUAGCAAAACGCCAUCGGUAAAUGUUUGUAAUGUGAAGAUGAUAAUGAUGAUGGUGGUGGUGGUGUAAACGUUGCUCCAGAAAAAGGCAGCAAAAUGAAGAUUAGGCUGAUGAUGGUUUUGGUUCUAAUAGCAGUGCUCUGUCUCUCAAAUCCAGUACAAGCUCAGAGUAAGCGGGUUAUCACCCUGCAAACAAGUCUAGGAAAUAUAACCGGGUUCGUAGACUUCAGAAAUGCCAGGAUUUUCUACAACAUUCCAUAUGGAAAAUCGCCUAUUGGAAGCCGAAAGUUUGCCAAGCCUGAGCCCUAUGGGAAAUGGAGUGGAAAUAGAGAUGGAAGAGACCCUUCACCAUUGUGCCCACAACCAAGAACCAAGCAGUUGGAUGCGCUAGGAUUAAGAAUGGACGAAGAUUGUCUUAUACUUAAUAUAUACACUCCUAUCAAUAGUAUAGAUCAGAUUCCUGUAAUGGUGUGGAUUCACGGUGGAGGUUAUGUUGCAGGCGGAGCAAUACAAUACGACGGUUCUGCUCUAGCAACCGUUGGUAACGUGGUGGUGGUGACCGUAAAUUAUCGACUGGGAUUAGAAGGGUUUCUAUCUUUUGGUGACAAUUUAGUGAAAGGAAAUUAUGGAAUAUGGGAUCAAAUCUUGGCUCUUCGAUGGGUAAAGGACAAUAUCAAAGACUAUGGAGGUAAUCCGAAUGAGGUGACGAUAUUUGGAGAGUCUGCUGGUGGUAUGAGUGUAUCACAGUUGUCGCUGAUUCCGAGCAACAAGGGUCUUUUCAAGCGAGCAAUUAUGCAAAGUGGAGUUGCAAACUCUUUAUUUGCAUUUCAGUAUGGUCCACGUGAAUCACACAGAGCAAUAUCCGAUCAGCUAGGAUGUCCAUAUGACGAAAUGAAUACUACAGCCUCAUUAAAUUGUAUGCGCCAAAUCAACACAUCCUCCAUCAUCAAUGUUACAGCAGACUUUUUCUCUAAUACACUUUCGAGUCGGCUUUCGAUUGGUCCAGUAAUUGAUGGUGAGUUAUUCAAAAGGUCCAUCGAGAAAAUUUUUGCCAACAAUAAUUCUGAGGAACUUGAAUUUCUCCGUUCAUUGGACGUUAUGAUUGGCACUACUGAUAGCGAUGGCUCUCUUAUAAUAAGAAUGAGUGAAAGCGUUCAAAAAGAGUAUGGAUUUAACAUUUCGGAUGACGGACUGCCUUAUCAGUUCUUCUGUGAUAUGUUCAUCCCAAGUCUUGUUAAUGAUUACUACAAAGGAAAUGCUGAAGUUUCAGACGCUUUAUGCAAAAUGUAUGGUAAGCCAAACGACCAAGCGGAAAACAGUCGCCAUGCUGUCAAGAUGUAUGGAGACAUUUUCUUUCUUUCUCCGGCAAUGGAAACUCUGACUGUUCAUGCCAAAAAUAACAAUUUAUCUAAAACUUAUCAAUACGUGUUUUCCGAGUGGAGUCUUCCCGUAUUCUUUGACGCAACAGUAUUCCCACCUUGGUUUGAAGGUGCAGGCCAUGCAACAGAGCUUAUUUAUCUUUUCUUUUUAGAGUUCUUACCCAUGCUUAAUCCUGAAUUAAUUGUUAAUCCAGCUGAUCAUAAUUUUGCAAAGAACUUGCGUAUCCAGUGGACAAAUUUUGCUAAAUAUGGAAACCCCAAUGGUGCAGAGACUGUCGUUGAAGAUUGGCCACAAUUUGAUACAACUGAGAGAAAGUUUAUGCAGUUGAACAAAAAUAAUAUGACUGUUGGGGUGAACUACAGGGGAGAUAAAAUCAAAUUUUUCUCAGAAACGGUCCCUGUCAUUCUUCGGUCCACAAGCUCAGCUUCAUUUAUGUGUGUUUACUUCAGUCAUUAUGCUCUCUUGUCAUUCCUUGUUGUAUUACUUCGAAACAUAUUGGACAUCUAGCCUCACGUACUUCUAUACAUGUAUUUGUUUCUUGUAUAUUCCUAGUCUCUACUUAUGCAAAUGAAUUGAAAUUAAGAGGCACAAUUUAUUUACAUAAGAAAAUUUGUUACAGUUUAAAACCUUUUUAAGGAACAAGAAUAGCAUAACAUAGUGGAAUGUUUUUCACAGCACAUGUGUUCAUUUACGUUGUUUGUUAGAAACAAUAAAUGUAUAAUACUAUUUAAA